UUAAGUAACAGCAGUGGGGCUUCUCAGCGGCAGUUGAGCUAAAAAUCCGCUGGUUAACGUCAGUUUAUUCUUGAUAUUUAUCAUAAAAUUCGACUGCACUUUCUUUUUGAAUCAGUAAAAAACCCCGGGUUUUUUAAAAAUAAAUUUAAAUAUUUUUAUUGCAAAUACAAUAAAAUUAAGUGACGUUUUUAUAUUAAGCUGUAGUAAAUAAUUUAAAAUAUUGCCGGUAAUGGAAUAGUUUAAAUUUCAUGGUCAACUUAGAAUUUUUCAGGUUUCACUUGAUCCAGUUUAAAUCUUGCCAAGAUCAUGUGUAUAAAUUCAACAUUUAAAAAUUAAACAUGUACUGAGUUUAAUUAUAUAUAAAUGUACGUCUUUAAAAUUAAAUAUAAUAAGCGCAGCUAGCGGGGUUGUAAGUAAAUUACUUACAUACUUUUUUUUUAUUAUUAUUUAUAUUAUUACGCUCUUUCAAUUGUGAAGUAAUAAUUUUUUAAGUGCGCGUGCGUUUGAACAUUCGAAAGGCUUACAAUUUAAAGUCACCACGCACUCUCACGAGUCUUAGCUCUAGCUCUGGUAUCAUCGGUUAUCAGCAAGACUAAACUGGUACUGGUUACUAGUUUCCAGUGAUCAUUGCAAGUGUCAUCACUCAAUUGAUAAUAAUAAGAAACGUUAUAUUUUAAAUUAAUAGUCAAAAUUAUGAAUAAUUUUAACUAUUGCGAUUGACCAAACAACAACACUUGAUUGGUCUUGUCUUUGAAUAUUUGAGGGUUAGAAAAAAAAUAAUAAAUUUUAUUUUAUAUAUAUGUGAUCUAUUGAUCUUUGUUAAUUAUUAAAAAAGUUUAUUAAAGUAUCUGUGUGAUAGUUUAAUUAGUGAUAGUUUAUUUUUGAAUUUGAAGUGACAGUUUUUAAAGAAAAUUACCAAUGAGCAAGAUGACUGAUCGUAAAAUCGAGGGGCAUUAUACACCACCGACCUCAGAUACUAUUCAAACAAAACCUUUUCCUAUCAGAGGUGAACGAGCUAAUUUUGUAAACAAACCUCAUGUAAUAGCAAUGGUCGGUUUGCCAGCACGUGGAAAGACAUAUAUAUCAAAAAAAUUAUGUAGAUAUUUAAACUGGAUUGGUAUAAAUACCAAGGUCUUCAAUUUAGGUGAAUAUCGACGACAUGCUACCACAGCAUAUAAAUGCCAUGAAUUUUUUCGUCCUGAUAAUAUUAAAGCUAUGGCUAUAAGAACCCAGUGUGCUGUUGAUGCUCUCAAUGACGUUUGUCAAUGGCUGGAGAGUGGUGAUGGGGAAGUUGCUGUUUUUGAUGCUACCAAUUCGACCAUUGAGAGGAGACAAAUGAUCCAUAACAUUGUUGUAGAAAAAAUGGGUUUUAAAUUAUUUUUUGUUGAGUCUAUUUGUGAUGACCCGGAAAUCGUUGAACAAAAUAUCAUGGAGGUAAAGGUAAGCAGUCCAGAUUAUGCAAAUAUGAAUAAAGAAGAAGUACUAGCAGAUUUUAUGUUGAGAAUUGAACAUUAUCAGGAGAAAUAUAAUCCACUUGAUGAAAGUAAAGAGAGCAAUUUGUCAUUUAUGAAGAUAUACAAUACCGGUGAAAAGGUAUUGGUGUUUAAACAUGAGGGUCAUAUACAAAGUAGAAUAGUUUAUUAUUUGAUGAACAUACACAUUAUACCACGUACUAUUUAUUUGACGAGGCACGGCGAGAGUAUGUUGAACUUGGAUGGGAGAAUAGGUGGUGACCCUGAUCUCAGUGAUCGUGGACGACAAUACGCUAAAGCACUUGCCGAAUUUAUUGAUGAACAGGACAUACAGGGUUUACGUGUAUGGACCAGCUGGUUGCAAAGAACAAUUCAAACUGCUGCUGACGUUAAUGCUCCUCAAGAAAGGUGGAAAGCUUUAAAUGAAAUUGAUGCUGGAAUAUGUGAAGAAAUGACUUAUGAAGAAAUAUCCAGUAAAUAUCCAACAGAUUUUGCCGCACGGGACCAAAAUAAAUUUUCAUACCGUUAUCCAAGAGGCGAGAGUUAUGAAGACUUAGUAGCGCGGCUUGAGCCAGUGAUAAUGGAACUUGAAAGACAAGGAAAUGUUUUAGUUGUUACUCAUCAAGCUGUACUGCGUUGCUUACUUGCUUAUUUUCUUGACAAGAAUGCUGAUGAGUUACCAUACUUACAAGUACCUUUGCAUACAAUUUUAAAACUAACGCCAGUUGCGUACGGUUGUAAGGUAGAACGGAUUCGGUUACCAAUAGAUGCAGUGGAUACCCACCGGCCAAAACCAAAGAUCCCGGGAUAUUUGGAGGAACGAUUCAGAUGCAAAGGAAAAAAUCAACACACCUGAUAGCUAUCGUAAUUCAUAUUUAAAUAAAUUCAAUCAAUAUCAUUGCUAACUAUUAUUACCGAUUUUACUUCACAUUAUUAUGACUUUAUUUUAAUUACCAUUUUUUUUUAUUUUAUAUCCCAAAUAUUUACCGGAUUUUAUUUAAAAUUAGCGGCAUUUUUGAGGCAGCGGGCUGCCAUUGAGCUUCAUGUAGUGCCAAAUUAUUUUAUAUUUAAUAAUAAUAGUUAUAAUUAUAUGAUUAAUUACUUGACAGCUUAAGUAUACGAGUAGUUGAGAUACCAGUGGUUUAUAUGAAUAUUUAAUUUAAAUGAAUACGCGGGCAUUUAAUUUUAUUUUUGCUGUUUAAUGAUGAUGUGAUAAAAAUGCUCAAAGCAGUGUGUGAAUAUUUAAGGAAUUCUCAGUUACUGCCCUUCACUUUUUAAAAAAUUUCAAUGACUCAACUGUAAGCUCAUCAAAAUUUUAUCGAUUAAUUUUUAAAUAAAUUAGAGCGUUAAUUGAAAAAAGGACAAUUUCGCUGAGGUAUAGAUUUUUAAAAGUUGAUGUCAAUGGGGAGUUAAGCGAAAUUUGAAAAAUGAAUUUUAGCAAAAUCUUUAUGUCUAUUUUAUAAUUAGAAUUUAAAAUUUUUAUAGACUAAAAUUUAGUUACCAAAUUUCAUUUGACAUCUAACUGAUAAAAACUGCAAGUAAUUUUUUUUAAAUUCUAUAUUUCGGCGAAAUUUUUAUUUUCUUUAAUUAAGGUUCUAAUUUUUCUUUUAAUUAAUUGAUAAAAUUUUGAUAGGCUUAUGACAGUUGAGUCAUUGAAAAUUUAAAAAAAAAGGGGAGCACUGUCUAAGAAUGCCCUUAAUUGGUAAUUAUAUUAGUAUAAAUAAAUUUUUUUCUCUUGAUUAUCUAAAAUCAAUGUGUUCUCCACCGAUGAAUUUAUUUUUACUAACAGUUUUAAAUGCGCAGCUAAUACUUCCUUCUUAUUAAAAUAAUUAUAAAAAAUAGAGUCUGAAAGUUUUAAAUCGUUUUAAAAAAACUUUAAAUUUAAAGUUGGUGUUCUUUAAACAAAUAAAUAUAAAUCUGUCAUGAAAAUCCAUAAUGACAAAAAAUCUAAACCAAUAUUUACAAUUACACUUAUUAAAAGUAUAAAUAAAUAAUAUGUAAAUUUUUAUCAAUACAUUUUAUCAUAUUAUAUA